AUGCCCGAGCAUCACAUCGCGCGGCUCCCCAGCCUCCCGCGCUGCUACAUUCGCAUCCUGGGUCCCUGCCACAAGUUCCCCUCCAUGGCCUACAGCGAUUGGUUCGACGACCUUGGAAAUGGCGGGCCCAACUGCUCUGCGAAAGGGCCUCAAAAGGCGGCGCUGUGUUGCAAGCAGCGCGCCGCCUCAUGGCGGCUGGACUGCACAACAACACCACCAGCGCCUGAGCGGACGGGCAGUGCCGAUUACAGCUGCUGGUGGCUUCGGCACGCAGGCAGUGGGCCGCUCAUCGAGCACUGCGACAGCGGCCGCAGGCAUCACCCUGCGCGCACUCGCAUGACGCUGCCGCGCUCAGGGCAUCGGGUGUGUGCCUGUGUACACCUGUUCAACACGCGGCCCGAGGUGCGAGCAGAGACGCUCGGGGUGAUCCAACGGAUCGGCGAGCCUGUACGGGCGUACGUGCACCUUGAUCGCCUCUCCACCAGCUUCGCUGACGAGCUGGUUGAGGCGAAGCGCCUCGGCAUGCGGGUAGUGGUGUCGGAUGAGAACCGCGGCGCAGACAUCGGAGGCAAGCUACUGACGAUCGAGGUGAUGCUGGCCGCCAACGAGACGUGCCCGUUCGUACUCUUCAUUCACAGCAAGUCCGAGGCCUGGAUGCGGACCGAGUCGCUCGCCGUCGCAGCGACCACCGCCAAUGCGCAGAGGUCGCUCCGGCUGCUCGGCUCGGCGGGCGUCGGGAUGGUGGGCGCAGCCGGGCUGUCCCACCUCGGGCACUGCAUCGCCAACGGCCACUGCCCCGACGCGGCCCACGUCGCUACCGCGAAGCAGCUGGAGCGCAACAUCAAUGAGCGAUCCGUCAACGCCCUGGUCUCACGGCUCGGCUUACCGGAGCUGACGGCGGCGGAUUGGGACCGGCUGUUUGAGCGCGGCUUCGUCGCCGGCUCGAUGUUUUGGGUGCGCAAGGAGAUUCUGGACCGCUUUCGCCACGUGGGGUUGCUGCGCCUGUAUGGCGAGCUCGCCAAGGGGUACACCACGGGCAACGACGGCUGCCUGGAGCACGCGAUGGAACGGGUGUUCGGACUCAUGGUCACCAAGACGCCAGGGCACGACAGCGCCUCGGCUUUGGGACCGUCGCCUCCAACCGACGAGAUCAAGGCGACGGCGGCGUGCGCGCAGUGCCCCGAGGAGCUGCAGCCGCCAAAGGCGGCGGGCACGCUCUGGGGGAGGCCCGCCGGCGAGGGCGAGCCAUUGAGCAUCGAGCAGUUGAUAGGGUACGGCUGCAGAUACCCCGAUCUGGCGCCCUUUGGAAGCAACGUGGCGGCGCUCCGCGAGCACUGGCAAAACUAUGGCAAGGCCGAGGGUCGCAGGAUGCCAAGCAGGAGCAGUCUCCGGGCAGAAUGCCACAAUAAGCAGUGCCAGUGCGCGCCAGUCCCGUGCCCAGUGUUGUGCGAGGGAGUUUUGUUGUAA